AUGGCUCUAAUGUACUUCAUCAUUCUUGGGAUCUUCUCAGGUUUGACUGAAGGAUCUGGUGUGUUGCCUGAUGGUCCUCUGAAUGCAGCUGUAGGAGAAACUGUGAUGUUCACUACAACACUGACUCCAACAGAAACUCCUUUUCUGACUCUGGCCUGGACUUCUGGCGCUAAGGAUAUAAUAACCUCUCAUACUGUAAACAAAACUGGACCCGAAUAUGAAGGCAGGAUCACCCUCUUCCCAUCAACUGGAUCUCUGGAGCUCAGGAGUCUGACUCUGGAUGACGCUGGAGAAUACUUAGUUCGUAUUGUACCGGCUGGUGAAGCAGCUAAGAUGGGACGGACUACACUGGCAGUACACGAGAAAGUCUCCAAUGUGUUGGUAACUUCCAGCAGCACAGACUUGGUUGAGUUCAGUGGUUCUGUCUCUCUGUCCUGCUCUGCCUCUGGAUCCUCUCUCUCUUUCCUCUGGUUGAACGGCAGCUCUGAGGUUACAGCAAGUGACAGAGUUCAGCUCACUGAUGGAGGCUCCAGUCUGACUAUAAUCACUGUGACCCGCUCUGACCAGGGACCAUUCAGGUGUAGUGUGUCCAGUCCUGUCAGUACUGGUACCAGUGAUCCAGUAAACCUCUCCAUCAGCUAUGGUCCAGAAAAUAUCAAUUUGAUAUUAUCUCCAUCACAAGAAUAUUUUGCUGUAGGGUCAGACAUCAGCCUCACCUGCUCAGUUGGAUCCAGACCUCCUGCCCAGUUUAAGUGGUUUCUGAAUGGAGAUCAGCUGCCUGAUACUGGAUCAGAGCUCAGACUGAUGAAUGUUCAGAUGAGUCAGAGUGGACUCUACAGCUGUCAGGCCUUUAACAGCAAAACUCUGAGAUCUCAAAUAUCUCAGCCUUCAGCCAUCACUGUACUGGGUUUGAGUGAAGGAGUUGGUGUGUUACCAAAUGGUCCUCUGAAUGCAGCUAUAGGAGAAACUGUGAUGUUCACUACAACACUAACCCCAACAGAAACACCAUUUCUGUCUGUGGUCUGGAAUUUUGGUUCUAAGAAUAUAAUAACCUCAAGUACUGCAAACGUAACUGGACCCGGGUAUGGAGGCAGGAUCACCUUCUUCCCAUCUACUGGAUCUUUGGAGCUCAGGAGUCUGACUGUGAAUGACAUUGGAGAAUACACAGUUCACAUUUCACCAGCUGGUGAACCACCAAAGAGAGGAAGCACCAGAGUGGAGAUAUAUGAGCGAGUCUCUAAUAUAAGUGUAACGUCCACCAGCACAGACUUGACUGAGUUUAAUAGCUCUGUCAGCAUGUCCUGCUCUGCCUCUGGAUCCGCCCUCUCUUUCCUCUGGCUGAACGGCAGUUCUGUGGUUACAGAAAGUGACAGAGUUCAUCUCACUGAUGGAGGCUCCAAUGUGGUUAUAAACGCGACCCGUUUUGAUCAGGGAUCAUUCAGGUGUCGCGUGGCCAAUCCUGUCAGUAAUGGCGCCAGUGAGCCAGUAAAUCUGACCAUCAGUUAUGGCCCAGAAAAUACAAAUGUGGUUGCAUCACCAUCACAACAAUACUAUACAACAGGCUCAGACAUCAGCCUCACCUGCUCAGUUGAAUCCAGACCUCCUGCCCAGUUUAAGUGGUUUCUGAAUGGAGAUCAGCUGCCUGAUACUGGAUCAGAGCUCAGACUGAUGAACAUUCAGAUGAGUCAGAGUGGAAACUACAGCUGUGAGACUUUCAACAGCAUAACUCUGAUAUCUCAAAAAUCUCAACACUCAGGCAUCUCUGUAAUCGCUGCUGGUGGAGGAUAUUACAUUUAUAAGAAAAAGUAA